GGUUAUCUGCAAUGUUGGAAUGAUGUAACGCAACAUGAGCAAGUUAAAAGUGAUACCAGAGAAAAGCCUUACCAAUAAUUCUCGGAUUGUGGGACUUCUGAAUCAGCUGGAGAAGAUCAAUACUGAGUCUGCAGAAUCAGAAACUGCCAGAUAUGUUACAUCAAAAAUUCUCCAUCUGGCUCAAAGUCAAGAAAAAACAAGAAAAGAAAUGACAGCAAAAGGUUCUACAGGAAUGGAAGUUCUGCUGUCAACAUUAGAGAACACGAAAGAUCUUCAAACUACACUCAACAUUCUAAACAUUCUUGUUGAGCUAGUAACUGCUGGUGGCGGUCGGAGAGCUAGUGUUUUAGUUGCCAAAGGUGGUUCACAAAUAUUAUUACAGUUACUGAUGAAUGCUAGCAAAGAAACUCCUCCAAAUGAAGAGUUAAUGGCACAGAUUCAUUCUAUUCUUGCAAAGAUUGGACCAAAAGACAAAAAAUUUGGAGUGAAAGCUAGAAUUAAUGGAGCUCUGAAUAUAACCCUAAAUUUGGUCAAACAGAAUUUGCAGAAUCUUCGCUUAGUUCUGCCUUGUCUUCAACUUUUACGAGUAUAUUCUGCUAACUCUGUGAAUUCAGUUUCCUUAGGGAAAAAUGGAGUUGUGGAAUUGAUGUUUAAAAUUAUUGGACCAUUUAGUAAGAAGAAUUCAAGUCUCAUGAAGGUUGCUUUAGAAACUCUUGCGGCAUUACUAAAAUCAAAAACAAAUGCCAGGAGAGCUGUAGACAGAGGAUAUGUCCAAGUACUUUUAACAGUUUAUGUAGAUUGGCAUCGUCAUGAUAAUCGACAUAGAAACAUGCUGAUUCGGAAAGGAAUUUUACAGACUUUAAAAAGUGUUACAAAUAUAAAGUUGGGAAGAAAAGCUUUUAUUGAUGCUAAUGGGAUGAAGAUACUAUAUAACACUUCACAAUUGCCAGUCAUUCCUGUGACUGGGCCUGUGGCCCAGCUCUACAGUUUACCACCUGAAGUGGAUGACGUAGUAGAUGAAAGUGAUGACAACGAUGAUAUUGAUAUAGAAGCUGAAGAUGAAACAGAAAAUGAAGAAGAUCUGGAUCAAGAUUUUAAAAAUGAAGAUAUUGAAACGGAUAUUAACAAAUUAAAACCUCAACAAGAACCAGGACGAGCUCUAGAAGAACUAAAAAUGUAUGAACACCUUUUCCCUGAGCUUGUUGAUGAUUUUCAGGAUUUUGAUUUAAUCUCCAAAGAACCAAAGCCUUUUGUAUUUGAAGGAAAAGUACAUGGUCCUAUUGUCGUUCCCACAGCUGGAGAGGAACUAUCUGGAAAGUCAAACAUUUUAAGAAAAGGAAGUGUUGUGAAGGAGAGUGUCUCUCCUAAAGGAGCAGAAGAUGAAAAAAAGCCUGCAUUUAUGGAGCUAGCAAAAGAGGACACUAAAGAUAAUGAUAGAACAUUACAACAGCAACCAGAUGAUCAAAAUAGAACUCUUUCACCAGUCUGUGGUGCAAAUAACGAUAUAGUGAAGGCCUUGGACCGAAUUACUUUACAGAAUAUUCCUUCUCAAACAUCCCUGGGUUAUAAUGCAGGAAUGAAAAAGGACUAUAGUCUUCCUCUUACUGUCCUUACAUGCACUAAAGCAUGCCCGCAGGUGGCUACUUGUGGAAAUGUUCUGUUUGAGGGAAGGUCAGUUCAUUUAGGGAAACUUUGUUGUACAGGAGCUGAAACAGAAGAUGAUGAUGAUACUGAGUCUAAUUCGUCAGUGGAACAAACAUUGGUUGAUGUGGCUGAUGGACCAACACUCCAUGACUCAGAUUUGUAUGUUGAGAUUGUGAAAAAUACAAAGUCUGUCCCAGAAUACUCCGAGGUGGCUUAUCCUGAUUAUUUUGGUCACGUUCCACCUCCAUUCAAGGAACCUAUUCUAGAAAGGCCUUACGGUGUGCAAAGGACAAAAAUUGCUCAAGACAUUGAACGACUAAUACAUCAGAGUGAUAUUAUAGAUCGAGUGGUUUAUGACUUAGAUAACCCAAAUUAUAUAAUUCCAGAAGAAGGAGAUAUUUUGAAAUUUAAUUCCAAAUUUGAAUCUGGGAAUCUACGCAAAGUUAUUCAAAUUCGAAAAAAUGAGUAUGAUCUUAUUCUGAAUUCAGAUAUCAAUAGCAAUCAUUAUCAUCAGUGGUUUUACUUUGAAGUCAGUGGGAUGAGGCCAAGUAUUGCCUACAGGUUUAACAUCAUUAACUGUGAGAAGUCCAACAGUCAGUUUAAUUAUGGUAUGCAGCCACUCAUGUAUUCUGUUCAGGAAGCAUUAAAUGCAAGGCCAUGGUGGAUUCGUGUGGGGACUGACAUUUGUUACUAUAAAAAUCACUUCUCAAGAAGUUCUGUUGCUACUGGUGGGCAGAAAGGAAAAUCUUACUAUACAAUUACAUUCACUGUCAGUUUUCCACAUAAGGAUGAUGUUUGCUACUUUGCUUAUCACUAUCCAUAUACAUAUUCAACUCUGCAGAUGCAUCUUCAAAAAUUGGAGUCUUCACACAAUCCUCAACAAAUCUACUUUCGAAAAGAUGUUUUGUGUGAGACUUUGUCUGGAAACAACUGUCCCGUGGUGACUAUAACGGCAAUGCCAGAGUCGAAUUAUUAUGAACAUAUCUGUCAAUUCAGAAAUCGCCCUUAUAUUUUCUUAUCUGCUCGUGUACAUCCUGGAGAAACUAAUGCAAGUUGGGUUAUGAAAGGAACAUUGGAGUAUCUCAUGAGUAAUAACCCUACUGCUCAGAGUUUACGAGAAUCUUUUAUUUUUAAAAUUGUCCCUAUGCUAAAUCCAGAUGGUGUCAUCAAUGGAAAUCAUCGUUGUUCUUUAAGUGGAGAGGAUUUGAACAGACAAUGGCAAAGUCCAAAUCCAGAUUUACAUCCUACAAUUUAUCAUGCAAAGGGGCUUUUGCAGUACCUGGCUGCAGUGAAGCGUCUACCCUUGGUUUAUUGUGAUUACCACGGCCAUUCUAGAAAGAAAAAUGUAUUUAUGUAUGGCUGCAGCAUCAAAGAGACAGUAUGGCAUACAAGUGAUAACGCGACUUCAUGUGAUGUGGUAGAAGAUAUGGGUUAUAGGACUUUGCCUAAGAUACUCAGCCAUAUUGCCCCAGCAUUUUGUAUGAGCAGUUGUAGUUUUGUAGUAGAAAAAUCUAAAGAAUCAACAGCACGUGUUGUAGUGUGGAGAGAAAUAGGAGUACAAAGAAGCUAUACUAUGGAGAGUACUUUGUGUGGUUGUGAUCAAGGAAAAUACAAGAGUUUGCAGAUUGGUACUCGAGAAUUAGAAGAAAUGGGAGCAAAAUUUUGUGUUGGUUUAUUACGUUUGAAAAGACUAACGUCUCCACUGGAUUGUAAUCUUCCUUCCAGCCUUCUAGACUUUGAAAAUGACUUGAUUGAAUCGAGCUGCAAAGUAACUAGCCCUACCACGUAUGUUUUGGAUGAAGAUGAACCUCGAUUCCUUGAAGAAGUUGAUUACAGUGCAGAAAGUAAUGAUGAGUUAGAUAUUGAAUUGGCUGAAAAUGCAGGAGAUUAUGAACCUUCUGCUCAUGAAGAAGUACUUUCUGACUCUGAAUUAUCAAGAACCUACCUACCUUGAGCCCCCUGUCAUCUCUUGUUAACUGCAAAGAAGAAAUGAAAUUUGGUUUUUAUGAUACAAGAAAUAUAAAUCCAUUUGUAGUGAAUGAAUUCAGAAAAACAAGUAACUCAGGCUAGUCUGGUUUCAAGAUAAUAAAUAUGUUAUUAAUUCAUGAUUAAAUUGGCACUUGUUUUAUUUUAGAUAUUCAGUGCACUUCUAUAGCAUUGAAUGAUCAAAAACUGACUUUACUUUUAAUAAAAACCUCAGUAUCAUUGCAUGAAUUUUGAUCUUGUGGUCAGAUCCUAAAUAAAAUGGAUAAAAUGUCAAUGUAUAAUCAUCUCAAAAUUAUAGAUAAUUGUGGUCCUUAGUUAUUGAAAACUAAUACAUAUGUACAUGGAUUUCUGUAGAUGUAUCUGUGUAGAGGUGAGUACAUACUGAAGGUAAGGAUAUUCUUCAAAGUCUGUUAACUGUUCGGUUGUGACCAAAGUAAUUGCAGAAUUUGUUUUGAGACCAUCACAUUCUACAUUUAUCAAGUGAAAUAAAAAUUAUAUGUAAUGUUGCA